GUCCUCAUUCCCAUAAUCGACAGAUCUACAUUUUUGUCCCAAUUAGGUACACGAAUUAUUGAGGUUUUGUAAAUGGAUAUUCUCUCUUGUACUGAAUCAUUCAAGUGUUGCCGUAAUAUCGGUAUGAAAUUCACACUGGUGCAUGUUGUACUCCCAAUUAUAAUCUCUUGCACAUUGUUGUGAUAUAAUUUUUGCUGGUAUAAGCGCCGCGGGUCGGCAGAGCUACUUUCUACUUCAUCUUAUAAGCAGUCAACGUCGGCAGUGUCUGAGUGCCCUCUCUAAGGAUAUAAGAGUGUCAAGUCGCUGAAGUUGUAAUUACAUUGUUGAUCGAUGCUUGUGAUUUUGACAUCUCUAUCUAGAUCACGAUGCUUGACUUAUGGAUUGUUGUGAUUCUUUUAACCUUUGUUGUCACGAACGUCGAGGCACAAUCAUCUGGAAACACGUUCAACCAAACUUCUCCUAGAAAUUAUACCAACAAUGAUCAAGAAGGGGGAUUCGCCUGCUUCAACAGCUCUCUGACCUUUGACCUUACCGACGUGUGCGAUGGUCAAAACCGAUGCCCUUAUUCAGACGAUGAAUACAUUUGUGAUAAUCUGUUUUGUGACGCAACACAAUUCAUGUGUAACUUUGGUGAUUGGUUUCGGUGCGUACCAAUGCGCUACGUCUGCGAUGACUAUCCCGACUGCGAAGAGAACGUCGAUGAGAUCUUCUGCGAUCCACUAGCAAACUGUCCGCCCACCUGCGAGUGUUCUUGGUACAGUGUAUUUUGCGAAGGUCCUAACGUUGUUGAUGAUACAAACAUUUUGAAAUCUACGAGACGUCUAUCUUUUCGUGGGCAAUCGACCAACGGAACCGGGCCAGUACCAAUAUCAAUGCCAUUUAAUUUGACAGCAUAUCAGCUUCUCAUAGAGUUAAAGAUUACCGAGACUGGCAUUGAGGAAAUCAUUCGAUCAGACUUGGAGACUUUGAGAGAACUAAUCAAAUUAGAUAUGUCUAACAAUAUCAUCUAUUCCUUGUCGAAUGAUACCUUUACAGGAUUGAACAAUCUGCUUACAUUAGAUUUAUCUGACAAUUAUAUAUGGUCAUUGCCUGAUGGUGUCUUCAGAGGUUUGACAAGUCUGACUGAAAUAGACAUAUCCUACAAUUCUAUCAGUUCACUGUCGAAUGAUACCUUUACUGGAUUGAACGAUCUGCGUACAUUAGAUCUAUCUGGUAAUUAUAUAGAAUCAUUACCUGAUGGCCUCUUCAGAUUUUUGACAAGUCUGACAAAAAUAGAUUUAUCAAGAAAUGUGAUCGAACGGUUAUCGAGUGAUUCAUUCGCUGGACCGACAGGUCAGCUGGAUAUAAAUUUAGAGUUUAACAGGAUUACUGUUAUACCGGCACAUGUUUUCAGAGGUCUUUAUUUGAGAACAAUACACCUAAGUCUUACAGGAAUCAACGAACUGGAGCCAGGAUGUUUUCAAGGUCUAGAGGGUGUAGAAAAUAUAGAACUAUUUAUAAACAAUAUCACGUCAAUACGUUCUGGAGUUUUUGAAGGACUCGUGGAUUUGAAAUACCUACAUCUUUUUGAAAACCAAAUUUCCGAUAUUGAUAUCGGGGCGUUCGAAGAUCUUCAUUCACUUGAAUUUCUUGACCUCACCCAUAAUUCCAUCAGAGAGUUAAAGAAGGGGACGUUCGAUAGCCAAGUCAACCUAACUUGGGUGUCAUUUUCAGAUAACCCGUUGGAAUACAUAGAACCAGGAACGUUCCAGCAUCUAAGUCGGCUAGAAUAUCUGAAUGUGGUCAAUGUCCAGUUGAAAAAUCUUCAACCAGAUACUUUUUCAGGAAUUACUUCCCUCAAAGGCUUGUCAACUGAUGAUCACAGGCUUUGCUGUUUGUUCGAUGAGACAGAUCUUUGCUCUAUAGCUACCUCGAACUUUCUGGAUUCGUGUACCCGCCUCAUGCCGAACACUGUCUUGAGGAUAGCACUUUGGGUCAUAGGAUGGGGCGCCCUCAUCGGCAAUACCAUAGUGCUUGUCCUCCGAUGUCGUAUGGAGAAGUCAGCCAGCGCAAAGACUCAAGGUUUGUUCAUCACAAACCUCGCCAUAGCGGACUUCCUCAUGGGAGUCUAUAUGGUAAUGAUAUCAUCAGCAGACGUGUACUAUGGGGAAUAUUUCUUUCUCGUCGCAGAGCAAUGGCGUAGCUCCAUCGCUUGCAAAAUCGCUGGGUUCAUCGCUGUUCUUUCCAGUGAAUCUUCGGUCUUCAUCCUUGCAAUCAUUACGAUAGAUCGGGUCCUCUGUGUUGUUUUCCCGUUCGGUAAAUUGAAGUUUCGAUCUACUUCUGCUCGCGUUGGUGUGGCGCUGAUAUGGGCCAGUGCAUUCGUCGUGAGCGUUGUUCCUUUGCUUGUCAGCUCAUAUGUCAGCGGUUUCUAUGGCCUUUCAGAUGUCUGCGUUGGACUCCCUCUUAACGUUGAAUCACAAGAGAAUGGAGAAUUAGUAUUCAAUCACACUAGCCGGGUGUGGGAGUUCGUUAAAUCUGACGCAACGGAACGACCAAGUUGGUUAUACUCAAUAGCCCUCUUCCUUGGAGUGAAUUUCUUGAUCUUUAUCCUUAUUCUAAUUUCAUAUGUCGUCAUAUUCGCGUCCGUUCGAAAGUCAGCUCACAGUGUGGCCAGUAAGGGAGCCGGCAGUUCUGCUGACCGCGCCCGUGAAGUGAAGCUGGCCAUACGGAUGUCUGUGAUAGUCCUGACUGAUUUCUUUUGCUGGAUGCCAGUCAUCAUCAUGGGUAUUCUAUCCCAAUCGGGUGCAGUGACCCUUCCGGUGUCGCUCUAUGCUUGGAGUGUGGUCUUUAUUCUACCAAUUAACGCAUCUAUCAAUCCAUACAUAUACACCUUUAUCGCAACAUGUGGUAGGCCUCAGACGAAGUCAACUACAAAGACGUCUACCAUGUAUAGGACUUCGUUAACUGAGACACCAUUGUCAUGAUUGUGAGGUAAAAUAAAAUGCUAAAAGUUUGCAAAACUAAAUAAAACCUCAUCUUUUAAAUGCAAAUGCUGAGGUACUACAUCCUCAGUUAGUAGGGGAAGACGGGAGAAGUUGAGCAUAGGGGUAAGUUAAGCCACCAUCCCCAGGCCAAUAAUGAAUGAGUCAUAUAUUGUGGUGAUGUC